AAAUGAUUCGAACUUCAGAUUUUGCCAGCGCGCGCGCUGUCGGCUCUGACGUAACGUCUUUCCUUGUCUCUUUUAUCACGUGACCUGACAACCGCUUGUGAAAAUAUCCUGGAAUCGAAAUCCUUGUUUUUCGAACCUUUGACUGGGCGAGCUAACAUUGUAUUACCGAAUAUGAACACUGAACGUGUUCAGUAAAAGUUUCUGAGCAGUUAGCUGAGGUAGCGUUUCAGAGUGCGUGUCUAGGUGUGUACAGAGAGGGAAAAUUAAUGUUAUCGAGGUCGCAGGAUGCCACGCCGGAAGCGCACACCGGAUGAAAGCGGAAGAAGAGCGAAAGUCAGCAAAGUGGAUCACAAUGAGGAGACCCUGGUCAUUUCUGAUUCUGAACAAGAGGAGGAAGAUUCUCCUGUUAAACGGUCGUCUCGGACAGCCCGAUGGAGACGAAGGGAGAACAAGUCGCAGCUACAAGAGCUGACAGAAGAAGAGAUGCUGGACCUGGCCCUAAAACUGAGCGCGCAGGAAGCAAGCAGUGCAGCACAGAGACGAAGGCUGGAAGACAAAGACAUACAGAAAGCCAUAGCGGAAAGUCUUAAUGAGAGCACUGUAAAAGCAUCAGAGGGUCAGGAUGAAGCAGCCAGCUCUUCAGAUCAACCACAGCAGAAUGUAGCAAGUGCGAUAUCACACUUGAGACGAAAGCUGUCUUACCCCAGCCAAGAUCAGACAAACAGCGAGAAUGAGAGGGAAACGACUAGUCCGCUGCCAGAAAUGCCUGAUCUCUCACCGAUGACCUCCUCACAUCUUUCAUCAAAGAGCUCAGCUCAGGUCUCCAGGACUCCUGCUACCACUCAGGACAAGACCUCAGAUAAACAGACAGUCAUCAGUGACACUCUGGAGGACGAGCUCUUCAAAUCUCGCUCAGAGUCCCAGACAUCCCCUGUCUUUUCCAGGCAUGGCAGCUUCAAUCGCCUGCCUGUAGUAUGUGUGGAGAAACUGAGUCAGGAACUCAUCCCGGAGAGCGCAGGCUCAAUAAACUUUUACACACAGGACAGCACUGUCAUUUCCACCUGCCCUGACAGAUUUCGGUCCCCCCAGCAGGAUUCGCCCUUUUCCAAAUUGCAAGUCUUCACUCAGGGUGACUUCAAACGAACAAGCGAUUUGCUAGAGGACAAAGAUGACCAUCAAAAUGCUAAAGGGAAUGAAGAUGAUACUCAAAUACCUGAUGAAGAUACUCAUUUACCAACACAGCUAAGCCAAGAUUUGAGCACAGAUCCAGAUACGUGCCUUUCACCUUCUAAAAGAUCCCAGAUAUCAAGCCCCAAAUGUGUGCCUGAAAACAACAAUGAAGAUGUCACUGAAACAAGUAAAACUCCUGACCAAAAGCAAGUGGAGGAUCAAACCCCUCAGGGUGAGAAUGUAAAAUCUAACACUGCUGCAGAAACUGCUCCAAACACUCAGUCUUGGAAUGAAUUUACUAGUCACAUGGUCUUGCAUUUAACAGAUGAUGAUGAUGAUGAAGAUGAUGGCAGUGAAGAGGUUCUCUCCCCGAGCCCAGUCAAGAAGAUUUUUCGGCCAAUCAGGCCUGAGCUUUCCCCAGACCAGUCCUGUAUCUCUUCAACUACCAUCACCCUCGAUCCUUCCACACAAGACACACAAAUGUCUCAGUCUGUCCUGGAGGAGGUCUCAAGAGCAUCCAAAGCUGCUGAAUCCAAACCCUCUGAUUGUAAUCCUCCACAUACUUCAGUGGAAAAAGGACAAUGCACAAUCUCUUACUACUGGGGAGUGCCUUUCUGUCCUGUGGGGCAAAACCCGGACGAGUACACCCGUGUAAUCAUGUGUCAGAUGGAGGUGUAUGAGAAAAGCCUAAAGGAGGCCCAGCGAGAGCUGCUGCGCAAAGCAGAUUGGGGACAGCCAGUGUUUCCUCGCUCAUCAGAGAGGCCGUUUGGUGGGAGGAGAUGGAAGCGCCACAGAGCUCCUCAGCUGUCGGAGGAUGAGGAGGAGAAUGAAGAAGAGGGAGAGAAGGAAAAUAACAGAAUAGAGGUAGAAGAAGAGAGGGAAGAAGCAAGGCAGGAGUCUGUGGUGGGGUCACAGGAGGAAGCUGAGGGAGGACAGACUGAGACAUACGUAGUUUUGUCUUCUCCAGAGACAAAAGAUGAGCAAGUGGAAAAAAACCCUUUCUCUAGCCAAGAAGAGCCUAUAACUGCAGCUACAAAUAAAUCUUUCAGGAAAAAUGCUCCGUGGGAUAUUUCGGAUGAAACUCAAAUAAAGUGUCCAGCUGAGCUGGAGGAACAGGAGGCCCAGACUCAUGAGGCUUGUGAAGAGGAUGAUAUAGUUUGUCCAGAGACUCAGAUGACUGAAAACAGCACACCAGAGCUAAUGAUGACCAGUCCUGCCAGUCCCGCACAGCCCCAGUCUCACGCUGACAGCGAGGUGAUGGAGGUAGAGGAGGGAGGAGGUGCAUCUGUGGCAGUGGAGGAGAUGAUGGAGCAGGAGAGCGAUCCAACAGAAGCAGCUCCUCCUCACAGUCAGAGGAUGGAGUGCCCCAUGUGCUCUAAACUCUUCCCCCUCAGCAGAAUCGAGGUGCACGCAGCUUUCUGUGAUGGUGAAGCAGACCAGCAGGAAGAACAAUCACAAGUUGUUGCCCGACGGAGGAGGACCAGAGGAAAUUUAACAGAGGAAUCUCAGCGAUUUGGCAAGUCAGCAGAGUUGGAGAAGUGCUUCCUGUGUCAGGAGUUGUUUUCACCCCAGGAGUAUCAAGAUCAUGUCGAGUUGUGCUUAAAAAAGAACUCAAGAACUAAUGAGGAAAACGGCCUACUUUCUGCUCUGGAACGGACAGAACGAAGACAUACUGGCAGUGAUGAACCUGGGCCAUCUGAUGUUUCAACAAAGAGCAACUGUGGUCUUGCCAAUCCUGCAGUGAUUGGGACGUCUCAAAGUGUAGACUGUUCAACAACAACUUCCUGUCCCAGUAACGCCUUCACUUCUCGAUCAGAAAACACUGACUGCCUUAUUGACUCCUCUAAGAACAGCCUAAGACUUUCAAGAAAAAGAAAAUUCAAAAGAUAGUGUCAACAUGCUUUUACUAACACUGGUGUCUGUGCUUUUCAAUGCCUCUCCAUUUGUAUGGCCUUUUAUAAAAUGAAAAAAUGACAAAUUUAUAUAUUUAAAGUCUUUGUUGUCUUAUAAAAGUGUAUUAAAUGAUAUUGGCACCUCAUGAAGUUUGUAUUAAAUCUCAUUUUGAUCUGCGAAAUUCAAUGGGAAUCUGUGCAAUUGGAGUUUAACGUGAGGGCAAAAAAGUUCCCUAGUUGGUCACGCGAAUUUGCUGCAUUGAUUAAAAGAAAGUUGCUAGGUUUGAAACUGA